AUGUUCAAGAAUAGGAAACAAAAGACUGCGUUGUAUGAGACACUUGCGGGUGUACAAGACCUCAGUAAAUUACCAACAACAAGUUUGAAUAUUUACUCCAGCUACAAUCAUGGUUUAGAUUCAGGCAAGGAAAACUACACCACCUACGACAUUUUUGUUGCACACGUUUUCAAGAUCUUGUUGACUUACAUCAUCUUUGUUUAUAUGAGGUUGUAUGAGGUACACGAGUUGAUUUUGCAUACAAUUGAGUUGCUCCGUAUUUUGCGUUUGGAUGUUAGAUAUUUGAUCCACGACUACGUCAGGAUCACAACACUGCUGUAUUUUCAAAAUAUGUUAACUGAGAUACUUUUUUACUGGCAAGUUGCAACCUCAAUGCCAGGGAUCUUUUGGAAAGUGUUCAACCCAUGGUCUGGUACCCCCAUUGGACUUGACAAUUUUUUGCAGCAUGUCCCCAAAUCCAACACACCAUCCUCACUUGGUUUAGUUUUGCACUACCACCCUCCAUUGUUGAAGCCCCCUCCGGAGAUUCCUCAACCUUACUUGGACUCCGAUAGAAAAAUCCAAGUUCCCCAGAAGAAAGAUGUUCAAUAUGCGAUUGCGAUCCGAAGUGAGUAUUUUGCACAAUAUCAAGCCCACGUUGCUUCGGAGAGAGUAAGAUUGUUGAGAGAAAUUGGGCAAUACAUCACUUGGUGCUGCUUGGUUCCUUCAAUAGAGACUUUAACUAUCUUUGAGAAGAAAGCAAUUUGUUGGGAGGAGGAAGCGGACUUCAUCGACUCGGUGAAGAACGCAAUAUUGGUAGAGUUGGUUGCUUUGAGUAAUGCUUGUGAUCCUCAAGAAUUGGCAAAGUUAAAGAGAAUGUUGCCACAAAUCGUGGUUGUCAACAAAUUCUCAAAAGCAACAUAUACCGUGAAUGAAAGCGAGGUUGAAACAUAUGAAGUUACGCAACAAGAGAUCACGUUGGAUGAUAUCAUCACAUCUUAUCAAGACCAAAGAGCCCUCACGGUGAUUCUUUGCGAUUCCCGUGUUAGAACAACCAACUACAAAAUUGUCACUUCAAAAGGGGAGAACUUGACGGCAGAUGAUCCAGAGUUCAACAAUCAGUUUCCACCUACACCUGAGUACAUAAUUGCACCAAAAAACAGUCGUGGAGUCAAUCAUCUGCUUGAGGGUGUCGCCUGUAUUGAUGAAGAUCCUAACGCCCUGAGCAUGACAGUGGUUCAUUUUUUGCAUCUCAAAUUUGGUUUCCCAUUUUUCUCGAGGUCACUCUAUCACUACGUUUUGGAGAAGCCUUAUGCUCCACCAUCUAAAGUUGAGCAGCCUCAGGCCAAUAGUACUUUCGUGCAUGAAGCUGCCAGAUAG